AUGAUUAAAAUAUUGGAAUUGUUUCAACUUGUAAUUUACAAUAUAUGGGCUGAUUUCUUUAACAUUCUAUUUAUUAAAUCACCAUUCACAAUUUUCUUUGAUCAUGAGAAAUUUGAACCACCCUUCACAAAUGCGUUCAAUUCAAUAUAUAACACAACUGAAGGCACUAGUAAUUGGUUAUAUAAUGGUAAAGGAUUUGAAAAUGGUCAGCUGGCUCUGGACCCAAUUAUCAGUAUUUUUUCAGUUAUAUUGGCUGAAGUUGAUAUUGUAUAUUAUAUAGUGAGACUAAUGCUUUUAAUGUGUAUUUUAAUGCUAGUGUUUGGGUUUGCAACGUACUUUAUGAUGUCUUGUUAUAUAACGUUGUAUAGAAGAUGGGUCUUGAUUAUUAACUUUAUCAAGUCAGAUAACUUAAAGAAUGUAAUCUCUUGA